GCGGCGGCGGCGGUUCCACCCAGCCUCCCGGAAGGCGGGGCUUUUCGUUGGCUGCGGCGGCUCGCCAGUUUUGCUUCCAUGAUCCUUGAAUCCCUGGAGCAUGAAGGUCAAAGUGAUUUCAAUUUUGGAAGACAAUUACAUGUACCUGAUCAUUGAAGAAACCACCAGAGAGGCCAUUGCAGUGGAUGCUGCUGUUUCCAAGCGGCUCCUAGAGAUCAUCCGAAGGGAAGACAUUCUUCUAAAAGCCAUUCUGACCACCCACCACCAUUGGGAUCAUGCAAGAGACAAUGAAGAACUGGCCAAACUUUAUCCCGGCCUGGAGGUAUACGGUGGGGACGAACGAGUGGGAGCUCUGACACACCAAGUGACUCAUGAGGAGGAGUUAAAGUUUGGCAGCAUCAAUAUACGGUGCCUUCUCACUCCAGGCCACACCGUGGGACACGUCUGCUACUUCGUGUGGGAAAACGAUUCUCUGAAUGCUCCUGCAGCUUUCACAGGUGACACCUUAUUUGUCGGUGGUUGUGGGAGACUCCUGGAAUGCACAGCUGAACAGCUGUACAAGAGCCUGAUGGAGGUCCUGGGUGGGCUGCCAAAGGAGACGAAAAUCUUUUGUGGACACGAGUACACAACCCAGAAUUUGAAGUUUGCCUCAAAGGUGGAACCAGAGAAUGAAUUUGUGAAAGAAAAGCUCAUUUGGGCUAAACUCCGAGAAGAUGAAGACCUUCCAACAGUGCCUUCUACUUUGGCCGAGGAGUUCCUCUACAACCCGUUCCUUCGCAUCUUCUGCAGCAAAUACAUCUGGAUUUCACAGCCCCCUUUCCAGCAGCGUCAUGUGGGGCAGAAGCUUGCCGAGGAGAAAUUGCCUUCCUCCGUUUCCCAAAGGAGGGAAACUGUCUUUUCCUAUCUUGCUUUAUCUUUACAACUAUCUUGCUGCAAAUAUGGUGACGAGCAUCGAAGUUAACUCCUUACUUCUGUGAAGGCAGGCGCUAUAGAGCUAUGCAAAAUGGAGGAGGAAAAUGUAUUGUUGUCUGCCUCCCAAUUUACUGUGAAUUUAAUGACAACUAUUCAUUCACCUUUUAAUUUAAUUUUUUUUUAAAAAAUUGUUUUGUUGCAAUUUAAA